UUUCACCAAUCACUGGCGAGUUCGGCUGGAUACACGCGCGCGCGCUCUUGUCUCUAAGCAACAGGCCUAACUCCGACAUCUCCUGCGGAAGGGCCGUAUUGAGGAGUAUCGAGUACCGAUGGCGUGGAUGUCCGAGCUCGGCUUUGAAAGAGGCGCAACCCCUUUUUUCUCCCUGGCCAACCCUGCUUCGUUUUCCUUCUUCUCCAGGAGAGGCGGCGAAGGACUCGUCUCCUUUCCAAGCCGUUCUCGCCGCCUCCAGCGCAGGCGGCAAAAUCGGGGCUCGACUGAUCCGGCCUAGAGCGCGGGCGAUUUGACGGGCUCUGGAAAGCGGCGCAGGAAAGAAAAGCCCCCUCCUCCUUCGUCUGCGGUCCCGAUGGCGUCCGCUCUGGAAGAUCCUGUUUUGAUUCGUCAUUUUAAAGGCCACAAAGAUGCAGUCACUUGUGUUGCUUUCAGUCCAAAUACUAAAAUGCUUGCCACCUCAUCUCUGGACAGGUUUCUCAUGAUGUGGAAUUUGAGGCCAAAUACAAAAGCCUUCAGAUUUGUGGGUCAUUUAGAAGCCGUAACUAGUGUACAGUUUUCACCAGAUGGAUACCUGUUGGCAUCUGCUUCUGAAGACCGAACUGCCAGACUAUGGAUUCCUUGCAUUCAUGGCGAAUCCACAUCAUUAAGGGGCCAUACUGCCCCAGUCCGCAGUGUGAACUUCUCAAAUGACAGUCAGUUUCUAGUCACUGCAUCUAAUGACAAGUCAGUGAAAGUGUGGAGCAUUUGCAGCCAAAAUCUUUUGUAUUCUUUAUCCCAGCAUACACACUGGGUACGUUGUGCAAAAUAUUCACCAGAUGGAAGAUUAAUAGUGUCUUGCAGUGAAGAUAAAACUGUUAAAAUCUGGGAUAUUAGAAACAAGAUAUGUAUUAAUAAUAUAAUAGAUUAUGAUGGGUUUGCAAACUACGUAGAUUUUAAUCCUGAUGGUACAUGUAUAGUUUCUGCUGGUUCUGAUCACACAGUGAAGUUUUGGGACAUUCGAAUAAACAGAUUACUGCAGCGUUACAAAGUUCACAGGGGAAGUGUUAAUUACACAUCUUUCCAUCCUUCUGGCAACUUUCUCAUAACAGCAUCUAAUGAUGGAACUCUUAAGAUUAUGGAUCUUAUAGAAGGAAGACUCUUAUACACACUUCAUGGGCAUGAGGGUCCUGUGCUUUCUGUAGCUUUUUCAAAAGAUGGAGAGACAUUCGCUUCUAGUGGCACAGAUACACAGGUGCUGCUCUGGAAGACAAAUUUUGAUUCAUCUGAAUAUAAGAAAGUUCUUGAAAAGCAUGUGCAAAGAUUACAUAGUGACGAUCCACCUCACCUUCUGGAUAUUUACCCUCGGUCACCUCAUCACCAUGAUGCAAAAUCACAGGCAGUUGAGAUAAAUCCCAAUUUUGAUGUAACAAAUAUGCAAAUAUUAGAUCCUCCUGUUGUAAAUAUUGCUUCAUCACCUACUUAUCCUCCAUCAUGGCAGUUGAGAAUGAAUCCAUCUGUAGCAAUGCACCAAAAUGGGAUGAACAAUGAAGACUUCCAGCAUCCUCCCAUGUUACCUUCUCCAGCAAUGUUAAAAAGAAAUUUGAAAGGGGAACUGAUGCACACUGUGGCUGAACCAGUAACCAUGGAUGAGUCUGGGGGCAUUUCACCAGUACUGACUACUGCCUUGGAACACAUUGUGGAGCAAUUAGAUGUUCUGACAAUUACAGUUUCAAUCUUGGAACAGCGCCUGACUUUAACUGAAGAUAAAUUGAAAGAGUGCUUACAGAACCAAGGGAAACUAUUACAUUCGGUCAGACUGAGAGAAGAAACAACAUAAAUGCUGACAGAAUGACUACAAGCCACCACAUGAGAAAUGAACUUGGCCCACAAAGAAACAACCGUUUCAACAAGUCCUUCGUAUAUGGAAAAAAAUGUUUUCUUGCUGAAAAAGAAGCUUCUCAUUAACAUUUUCUUGUACAGUAGCAAAGGGGCAUUGAGAAGAAUCUUAUUAAGAGGACACACGUUCUCCUCCCCUUCAAUUUCUCCCCAAAGAAUUCUUUAUGGCAUGUCUAUUCUGUUACUUUUCUAUAGUGUAAAUGCCAUUGUCCUUAAAUAUGUACACACCUACCCAAACCAAGUAUUGCUAGAACAAGUAAGAGAAAUGUGUUUCCUUAUCAAAAUAGCAAAUAGAUACCCUUUGAGAUUUCAGAAUCCUAAGCACUGACUUAUACUGAGCAACACAAUUUAGUUCAACAUUUGGAGAGUCAGUCAUGCACACAUAAAUGUACAGUAAUGGAGGAAAACAUAUUAGAACUAAUAUGCCUGAUGAUUAAAUAAGAAUAUCUGUUUAGAAAGUGGUGCUGGUAUUAUGUAGUCCAAAGUGAAAGUAUCUGAAUCAGUGCUUCAUAGAAAAUUACUUUUAAAAAAUUCAAAUGAAAGAACUAAAAUCUUGGGAUACCUCUAAAAAUGUUACAGGUUUUAAAGCAAGCUACAUUUUAAAGAAAUUACAGCCAUAAAUAUGUAACUGGUAAUUCUAUUUAUGGUUUAAGUGAAUAAUAUCAAAUGUACAAGAAUAGACAUUGGGCUAACAUUUAAUAUUUUGGGGACUGUGCACAGCUAUCCCAUUUUGAGAAAGAUAUUGUAAGGCUAGAAAAGUAUAAGAAGCAAACAACCAGAAUCAUAACAGAGCCAUCUCUUAAAAGCAUUAAGGUGAAAAGGGUAGGAUUAUUGUAAUGAAUUCUUUAUGUAUUUCAGUCUAUCUACUUUAAUCUUUUUGGGGGCUCUUUUUUAGUAAACUCGUUCAAGGUAAUGGUUCUCCUAUUUAGUAGCCUAGAUAAUUGAUAACUAAAUCACUCUGUGGACUCUAGAGAAAAUUAAUUUUCACUAUAGUGUUUUUAGCACAAAGAAAAGAGCAGUUGUAAUAUUAAUUUAACCCAUUAAAAAACAUUUUUCUUAUUAUGGAUAGUUUAUCUUCCCUUGAGUCAAUGUGACUGUUCUGAUCUGGAUGUUCUCUAAAUUUCUUUAGAUAAAUGUCAAAUAACUACUUGCUAUUUGCAGAAAAAGUCACUAUAACACUGUAUAAUAUUCAAACAGUGUGACAACUAGAAUAAAUUUACCAGAAUUUUCCCCUUUUAAAUAACUGUGAUUCUUCCUCUGCUGUAGAAGAAAAAGAAAAUCUCUCACUCCACUGCUUAAAAAAGCUAAGUAGUUAAGUUUUAUAGUCUAUAACCGUGAUGGCGAACCUAUGGCAUGUGUGCCAGGGGUGGCAUGCAGCGCCCUCUCUGAGGGCACACAAGCUAUUGCCCCAGUUCAGCUCCGCUGCACAUGUGCGCACACCUCCCACCCGUCAGCUGGUCUUCAGGUCUCUGUUGUACAUGUGUGUGGGACGGGUGCAUGUGUGGGGGCCGUACAUGCAUUGCAUUUUGGAGAUUCAGGCAUGUGUGCGCAUUAGGCACUCAGUCUGAAAAGUCUAUAAGUUAAUUGUGGGAGGCCACAGACAACUAAGGAAAAGAUAUAAGAGAGGAUAUCCAUAUGCAUCUCUUGGCUAGCUUGCAAUGACAUCAAUGCAAGAAUACAACCCAUUCCUCAUGCGAAGCUCUCUGAAAUUAUCUUCAUUUUUUGAAUAAUGACUGGGAGAGGAAGUUGCAGGGUUUUUUUCCUGCCUAACAAUAGGGCAUGUGUUGUACUGAAAACCAUCCCCAUUGCUACCUACCAGAAAUCUCACUUAAUGGAGUGCAUGAUGCUUCUAACACAAGAAAGUGGUAUUGAAAAAUAUUUUGUCUGUAUAUAUUUAAAGUAGUUAGUUGGAAUGAAAAUACAUUUAGAUCUUAAAGACAAAUCAACAACAAGAUGGAAAAAUUACAACCGUUAACUGACCGCUAGACCUUUUUGCUCUGAUCGUUAUGGUCUCAUUAAGAACACUCUAAAAUAUUUUUCCUUGCUGUUUCUCUAAACUAUUCUGCAAAUUAUGAAUAUAUAAUCUGUGCUGCAAAUUUCAAGAUUGUUAAUUCAAGGUUCUCAGAUAAAAGCAUUUUUAAACGGUUUUGUUGAAAUUGGAAGAUAUUAUGAACAUAUAUAUAUAUUGCAUUUUAUGUUAAUACACAUUUAGCAAUUUUUCACAUACACAUCAAAAUAGUUUUAGAUUUAAAAAAAAAAAUCCUCUGCUUUGGUGUGCAUCAAGUUAUUGACUCCUUAAUAAAUCCCACUGCAAUAUCAGACCAUACUCUUAUAACAUUGUAAACAUCAUAAGUCAGCCAAUUCUAGUUGGUGUCUAAAUAUUCCUCUUCUAAGAGAUUCUCUUAUUCUAAGAUAUUAUCUUCUCGUUAUUAAAAAGAAAAUUUAUUCUUUUUAAAAAAUAAACAAAUCAAGGUUCUUCCAAUACAUCAGUCCUUUGGGACACGUUUAAGGCAUCCUUUUGGAAACCUAUUAGUGCUCUCCUCUUAACAAUAAAAGAGACUCGGAGGGUCUCAUCUUUUACAGUUGAAAAAUAAGGCUUAAGAUCCAUUUUUGUUACUUGCCAGAAACCCACAAAUGAAUCAUAUCAAGCAUUUAUAGCAGCAAAGCUGAAAUUGGUGCUACUGCCCAAGGAACAAUUGGAAUGUUUCCUAAUUUGCAGGAAAGAACCUGAAAUACUAGCAAUCAGGGGAGAAAGAUGGAAAGUUAACUGGCUUAUUUUUUGGAACAAACAUAAUAUUCCUGGAAUUUAGGCCAAUGAUGGAGAUAUUUUUCAUUUACACAGAAUCUAUUAUUUAUUUAUUAUUUUUAUGCACACUUAUAUGAGUUAAAGCAGGGGUUCCCAAUGCUCCCUCUGGUCUGCAGAAAAAAAUUUCUAUGGAACCAGUCCCUGGUGCCCAAAAUGUUGGGGCCCACUGAGUUAGAGACUUCUAUAACUCUAAACACAAUUUUUAAAUAUACAAUAUUCAAUACUGUAUUACAAAAUCUGUGGGAUUGCCUCUCCCUGAGAAUAUCUGCCUGUCUUACUAGGUUAGGGUGGGCGUCUUCAGGCGCCAUUCCAGAUCUUUGGAAUAGCUCCCACUUAAUAUCCAAGGACUCCCUAUCCUUUGAGGCUUCUAGAAGGUCAUGAAGAAUUGGCUCUCCCAAGUAUUGGACUAGGAUUAUGGUUGAGUUGGGAGGUUGUUUGGUCUGGUAGCCAGGGGGAGGUGGGAGCCGGAUAGUUUUUAAUUAUUUCUGGGUCAUUAUAUUAGAUAGGCAGUUAUAAAUAAACACAUAAAUCUUCAUACUUCCAAGUUCUUCCUUGUAAAAACAAACACACAGGAUUUCAAAGCAGCAACAACUGAUGAUCAGAGGACAAAAUCACCUUUUGUUCAACCCUGAACAUUACAGCAUCUAAAUGGAGUUUAUUGAAAAGAAGAAAAUAGAAAAAUAAGUGGAGGAGUCAAACAUACAUACAGAAUUCUAAAUAAAAUUAAUAAAAUCAGGCUAAUUAGUUUCAUGUUAACCUGUUUGAGCACAUUAUUCUUGAGUUUCAGAAUGCACACAAAUUGGAUGGUUUGAAAAGGGUAUUUUGGGCAUUUAACCAAAAAAAGGACUUACAAAUUGUGGGCUUUGCUUUGCCCAGUUGGACAAGCGUUCCACCAGCGAUAUUGUAAAUCAUUACUUGAUGGCUGAAGCCAUUUUUCUAAGGGCAAUAUUAUAGGCCCUGGUUACUAUUUACUAGAUAAAAAAGAUUGCAUUUGGGAAUGAAAAGACGAUUUCUUAUCUAUUCAGGGUCUCAAUAUGGGGCCAAAUUACUAGAUUAAUAGACCUUGUCACUGCAUCCCAUUUAUACGACUAUUUUAAAAAUGUGGGAAACUAGUGCUGAAACUAUUGAGCAUGUCAAAAUAACCUGAAACAAAUUGUGUUGUUGUUUUUUCAAUGUUUUGGAAUGCCCAUAGCAAUCUACUACAAAACACCCUGCUAUUUAGCAGUAGAAUUUGAUCAUUUUCUGCCUCAGUUCUAUAUCAAGAGUAAUUUUUCCUGGUUUCACUCAAGAAAUUCCCAGUUAUACUGGAAAGCAAGAACAUUGAAUCUAGGGUUUUCUGCAUGCAAAAUGAUGCUUUACAUUCCAGAUUCUUUGGAUUUAACAAAUGUUGACAUUUCACAUACAGGAACCAAUUAGAACUAUGAAUUUCCUCAUUUGUCUCUAGUUGAUCUGAGUUAGCUUUCAGUAAGCACAAAUGCCAUUAUGCUGAAAAGUACAGAUGCCUUUCAACCAGAUUCACUUUGCCAGGUUUUGACAGAACAAUCAAUAGAAGCAUUUUUUCCCCAUUUCCUUAUCUCUACAGCCUUUUCACCGUCAAGGACUCUCACUAGGUUAAGAGUUCUUUUCCUGUUUACCAUACAUGCCAUUUUAUUACCCAGUGGAUGUUUUCCCUUUAAAGCUCAAAGAGAUGUCUUUUCUCAAAUCCUAUUGGGAUCUUGGAGUGUCUUUUCAGGCAAACCAUCCUGUUUUCAAAGUUCCUGUCUUAUUGGGAGUGAUCAUUUUUAAAUAUUUUCAGCAGCUUAUGAAUUAAUAUUUUGUAAAAAUGA